AUGGCAGCGUACCCGCGCUUGGACCCAUACAAGAGCUCGCGUUACGACCAGGGCAUCGACGCCAAGAUCGUGGUCAUGGGCAAUACCGGCGUUGGCAAAACGAGCUUGUUGCAGCGGUACACGCAGAACAAGUUCGACCCGAAGAACACGACGAGUACGACCGGCGCGUUCUUCGUCACCAAGAAGGUUGUCGUCGACGGCGUCAAGGUCCGCCUCCAACUCUGGGACACUGCUGGCCAGGAACGUUUCCGCUCGAUGGCACCAAUGUACUACCGCGGGGCCAAUGCAGCACUGUUAUUAUACGACCUGACCUCUAAGUCUUCCUUUGAAGCCGUUCGAGGUUGGCUAGAGGAACUCAAGAAAAACUGCGCCCCGGACUUGUUGAUAUACAUCGUUGGCGCAAAGGCAGACCUCGUACAGUUCAGGCAGGUAUCCCACGACCUCGCUCGCCUGAGCUUGUCCCAGUGGUUUCCGCCUCCACGCCCACCGACGCCGCCUCCCCCGCCUCAGCCGAGCACGUUCUCCUACAUCCGCCCACGAUUCACAUCAUUCACAUCAAUACGCUCUGCCCCGCUAUCACCACAUCCCAGGCCCAGCCCGCCAGAGAGCAACUCCAGCUACGAGAACCCGAUCGGUAGUCCUCCCAACCAGUCCCACGCCCCCGGCCUUAAGCGCUCGAACACGGCGCAGCUCCCCGCCGCGAGCAGAUCCACUGGCGCUUUGCUCGGUCGUUCGAAGAGCAUUGGUGCGGCCGGUCGUCUCAACGGCACAAAGGGCUACGCUGAACUCGCGGAGGAGGCCGUCGAAUACGAUAGCCGCAGCGAGGACGACACCGGCGGCGAAGACGGUCCUGAAUGGGGUCUCAGCAAAGAUAUGGAGCUCUUCGAGGUAUCCGCAAAGGACAACACCGGUGUUCUGACGCUCUUUGACACUCUUAUCCGCGCCAUCAUCGCUCGCAAAGACGACAUUGACGCCGCGAACGAGACUAAGCGCCGAGAUUCCGUCUUCCUGACACCUAUCGAGCCUCCGACGUGGGCUGCUGCGGCCGAUGAGGAAGAGGCUCGCGAAAAGGCUGCCACCUCUGCAUCGAAGGGAUGGGGCAACGGUGGAUGCUGCACAUAG